CCAGCACCUGCGCGGCUGCCGGGCCCGGCCUGGGGGUCCGCGCCCGCUCCCCAAGUCUCGCGGUGCUGCGGCCGGCCGGGAGCCCCCGCCGCGUGACAAAGGCCCGGCCGGGCGGCGGGCGGCGGAGCGCGUGGGAGCCGGCCUUUGUGUGGCGCCGCGCAGGCUCCGCCGGGGCCGCCCUCCCGCAAGAUGGCAACGCCGGCCGCCGCCAACCCCGCGGAAAUGGCUUCGGACAUGCCCAGCUCCGUGGCGCUGCCCGUGGCCCCCAUGGCGGCCACCGGGCAGGUGAGGAUGGCGGGGGCCUUGCCUGGCCGGGGAGGAAAGAGACGCUCUGGGAUGGACUUUGAGGAUGAAGAUGGUGAAGGGCCCAGCAAAUUCUCAAGAGAGAACCACAGCGAGAUCGAGCGGCGCCGGCGGAACAAGAUGACGCAGUACAUCACCGAGCUGUCGGACAUGGUGCCCACGUGCAGUGCACUGGCCCGGAAGCCCGACAAGCUGACCAUCCUGCGCAUGGCCGUGUCGCACAUGAAGUCCAUGCGGGGCACUGGCAACAAGUCCACGGAUGGCGCGUACAAGCCAUCCUUCCUCACUGAGCAGGAACUGAAGCAUCUUAUCCUGGAAGCUGCGGACGGCUUUCUGUUCGUGGUGGCAGCCGAGACGGGGAGGGUGAUCUACGUGUCCGACUCGGUCACCCCCGUUCUGAACCAGCCGCAGUCGGAGUGGUUUGGGAGCACACUCUAUGAGCAGGUGCACCCCGACGACGUGGAGAAGCUGAGAGAGCAGCUGUGUACCUCGGAAAACUCCAUGACAGGCCGCAUCCUGGACCUGAAGACGGGAACGGUGAAGAAGGAGGGACAGCAGUCGUCCAUGCGCAUGUGCAUGGGCUCGCGCCGGUCCUUCAUCUGCAGGAUGAGGUGUGGCAAUGCCCCCUUGGACCACCUCCCGCUGAACAGGAUCACCACCAUGCGGAAGAGGUUCCGGAACGGCCUCGGCCCUGUGAAGGAGGGGGAGCCCCAGCACGCCGUGGUGCACUGCACGGGCUACAUCAAGGCGUGGCCCCCCGCAGGGAUGACCAUUCCCGAAGAGGACGCCGACGUGGGACAGGGCAGUAAAUACUGCCUGGUGGCCAUCGGGCGACUCCAGGUGACCAGCUCACCCGUGUGCAUGGACAUGAGCUCCAUGGCAGUGCCUACGGAGUUCCUCUCACGCCACAACGCAGAGGGCAUCAUCACCUUCGUGGACCCGCGGUGCAUCAGCGUCAUCGGCUACCAGCCCCAGGAUCUCCUUGGGAAGGACAUCCUGGAGUUUUGCCACUCGGAGGACCAGACCCACCUGCGGGAAAGCUUCCAACAGGUGGUGAAGCUCAAGGGCCAGGUGCUGUCGGUCAUGUACCGCUUCCGCACCAAGAGCCGCGAGUGGGUGCUGAUCCGCACAAGCAGCUUCACCUUCCAGAACCCCUACUCGGACGAGAUCGAGUAUAUCAUCUGCACCAACAGCAACGUCAAGCAGCUCCAGCAGCAGCAAGCGGAGUUAGAAGUGCACCCGAGGGACGGGCUGUCAUCCUAUGACCUGUCUCAGGUGCCCGUGCCCAGCAUCCCCGCAGGUGUCCACGAAGCCAGCAAGUCUGUGGAGAAGGCUGACACCCUCUUCUCUCAGGAAAGGGACCCCCGGUUCGCCGAGAUGUUUGCAGGUAUCAGUGCGUCGGAAAAGAAGCUGAUGAGCUCGGCUGCUGCGGGGAGCCAACAGAUGUACCCCCAGGGAAGCCCCUUCCCCACUGGCCACUCGGGCAAGGCCUUCAGCUCCUCGGUGGUCCACGUGCCGGGGGUGAGCGACCUCCCGUCCUCCUCCUCGAGCAGUCAGAACAUGGCCCAGAUCUCCCGGCAGCUGGGCCAGGGCCAGGUGGCAUGGACGGGGACCCGGCCGCCCUUCCCAGGACAGCUGCCCUCUCAGUCCAGCAAGACCCAGACUUCGCCCUUUGGGAUUGGGACGAGCCACAGCUACCCGGCGGACCCCUCCUCCUACAGCCCCCUCUCCAGCCCGGCCACCUCUUCGCCCAGUGGCAGCGCCUACUCCGGCCUCGCCAACAGGACUCCAGGCUUCGCAGCAGACAGCGGGCAGAGCAGUGGGCAGUUCCCAGGGCGGCCCUCGGAGGUGUGGUCCCAGUGGCAGAGCCAGCACCACGGCCAGCAGAGCAGCGAGCAGCACCCACACCCACAGCCCGGCCAGACGGAGGUGUUCCAGGAUAUGCUGCCGAUGCCAGGGGACCCUACUCAGGGGACGGGCAGCUACAACAUUGAGGACUUCGCUGACCUGGGCAUGUUCCCGCCCUUCUCAGAGUAGCAGCGAGCAGAGCUGGGCCUCGGCGCCAGGUCCCCUGCUGGAACCACAGCCCCCUUUCCAGUUAGGCCUGUCCCCCCCCCCGUCACUGGGCCCCCCGCCGGACUCGGAGCCCAGGGGCCUGCUGGCCACCCCACCUGCACCCCACCAGCCGCUGCGGGCGCUAUUUAUUGUGCUUGUGCACCACGGCGUCAGCCAUGUUCUUGCCACCCGCUCGUGGAUGACCCAUGACGGACUGUGACGUGGUCCAGAGCUGGGUGUGGUGGUGGCUGCCGGUGGUGUGUGUCUGCUUUGUGCUGUGACGUGAGUGUCCCCAUGGUUGGUCCGUCUGUCCUUUGUCAGAGGGAGGCUCUCUGCCGGGGCGUCCAGGCACUGGGCAGAGGAUGGGGCAUCUGAGCACAGGUCCUGGCUGCUCCCAGUCAGGCCUCUGGCGGGAAUAGGAGCAGAUUCUGGAAGAUUCUGUACUGGGAGCUAAGCUCACCUACUUGCUUCCCAGACGGGAGAUGUACGUGUCUGUCUCUCUGCACUGCCCCCCCUCCCCCGCUCCCUGUGUCCUUGGCAGGAGGAAGAGUCUUGACAGCCCCAUGGAAAGACUGGAGAGGACCACUCCCUCAAGCCCUUGUAUCCUUUAGGACCUCUCUGGCCCCUGGUCAGCCCAAUGGGCCGCACCGCUGGACUCAGGUGUGGAGGGCCUGGCCCCCAGUGCCCCUCAGCCCAGAAUAGGAAGAUACCAUCCACCUCAGCUGUGUCUGACCAGCUCCAGGGAACCUGCACCCUGUCUGGGUACCCACUGCCAGAGCCCGGGGGUCCACCUGCCUGCUAUGUGCAGGGUUCUGAGCCCACUUGCCAGACCCUUCCAAGAAUAGUCCUUUGUCAAGCGCCAGUGGCCAUUUAUUGACUGUGUGACCCAAGUUCCCUGGAGCAGCAGCAUCCUUUCGGGGCUGUGCUGGGCUCUCAGGAGCCUUUGUUUCUGGGGAGGUUCAGGGGUUGAGCCCCCUUCCAUGUCCCAGACCCAGAGGAACUUCUCUCUCCAGUCUCCCCGCCCUCAGCCCCCCAACCCUGGUGUUCCACCCUAGCCCUGAACUCACCCCGGCACCAGGCUUAGUUUUGUGAAAGGCACAGAAAUAGCUUUUGGAUCGAAGGACGAUUUCCAGAUGAAAGGCAGACUCUCUGAGGCUCUGCCCGUGAGUUCAAAAGUGUGGGUGCCUUCCCAACUGGUUUUAGAUGAGCUGUGGGUUCCUGGUGGGGUGGACAGACAUGAGUCUGCCUGAGCAGCUGCACUGUGGACAAUGCAGAGGUCAGCACGAGAAGCCAGGGGAGCCCCAGCAACAGGCGAGAGCAGUCGUGCCCCAUCUCCAGCAGGUUAGACUGCAGGACCAGCGUGUGUAUUCUGGAGCCAUCUCUUUGCGCAUCUGGUUGUGGCUCCCACAGAAUCCAGGUGGGGUGUGGCAGUUGUUUGCUGUGCUUGGCUUGGCUGGGGUCCUGGGUCGAUACAGUGGGGCUCACGUGUCCCUGUCCUGACACCAGUUUGUGCUGGUCAUCCAUGUACAGCCAGCGGGACAGCAGGGAGAGGAAGGUUCUGUGUCCUUCCGUCUCCACCGCCAGCCUCACUGGGGUCUGCUGCAGUUCACCUACACUCUGCAGCCACCUUCUGACCUGUGGCGCCGUGGCGCCCCCGAGGGGCCAAGUGUUCCCCAUGGUGAGCUAUGCCAGGGGCUCCUUCCCUCUGAGCACCUCGGCCAGGCCAUGGGAACCCUGGGCGGUCUUUCCUAACCUCUCUCCUGGAUGUGACCUGUGCUGUGGCUAACCAUCACUUGUCUUUCUAGAAUGUUCUCUAUGACUAAUGGUUACUAAGUCGGUGGUGUCUGUGUGUGAUGAAUGUAACUGCCUUUUAACGUCUCAUUCCAAUAAAGCAACUUUGCUCUCA